CGUCACAUCCGACUCAAACAGCGGCGCGCGGUCUAUUUGUCCAAAGUUAGUUGUCUGUUUUUACAUUUCAGUGGAAAAGAAAGCUAAAUGGUAACUUUAGAAGACGCUGACUUAUAGGAACGUGAACGGUAUUUUAUGUUCAUUAAAGUCAGUCGAAAAAGUAAAGGUGGUUUUGAUUGCACCAGCUUGUUAGACAUAUACUAACAAAAAUCUAAACGGAAUCCUUUUUUCGUCACUCACUCUAAAAACAAGGUGAGUGUGUUGAGAUUCAUGUCUUCUGGGAAGCGUGACUGCGUUCGUGAUGUCCCAGACCAACAAAUCUCUCCUGGACGAGGUGAUGCAGUGGAGUCAGGAAACCUGUCGCCAGGAGCUCAAAUCUGUCCUGCCAAAACUCACCUCUUUGCAUCAUGAGUCAGAAAGCUGGGAUGAUCACAUACGCAUACUGAAGAUAAUUACAGACAUGUUCCUCCCGCAUAUUGGUUUGUCAGAGCUGGAAGAUGAGUGCUUUUCGAAAAUUUUACCAAAGGCAGUAACGGUGUUUAACAGCAUGGUGAAAGAAAUUAUGGAUCAAGUUGGUGGGCUUUCAAGUCAAAAUACUGAACUCCGUGCCUUUCUGAGGAACAUUUUACAGGCAAUGAUACAGAUAAUUGAUGCAUUUUCCACUUGUGUUCGUCAUGUUGGCUCAUUGGAAGAAGCCCCUGACCUGGAUGUUAUCCGUUCGCUACCGAUUUGUAUCCUGAAUGUCCUGAGGGUGACAUUUCAGCACUGUAAGGAUAGUGAGGUAGUAUACUGUGGCCGUCUGUCCCUAGUGGCAGACCUACUGCAGGGGCUCUUCAAGGAGGCCUACUCCCUGCAGAAGAGUCUGUUGGAGGUCUUGGAAAGGAUUUCUCUGGACAGCAAUGCCUCAGAGGAGGAGGUUUCUGACAUUGUUACAGUGAUUCAUACUCUUCUGGAUAUCUGCUCUGUUAUCUCCAACCUGGACAUUGCACUACAUGCAAACACAUGGAAGUUCCUCAUCAAGCAGAGCCUUAAAUACCAGUCAUUGGUGGAGGAGCAUCUAAAUCACAGUAACAUCAGCAACAGCCUGUCUGACAACCUCUCGGUGUCCUUCUACAACUGUGUAGAGUUGGCUGAACAGAUAAAGCAGGCUGGUUUACAGGAGUCUAAACAAAGUCCAGAAUACAAGUUGUUCCAGAAAACUGCCAAGAUGUGCAGAUUCUUUGCCAACACUUUGGUUCAUUACAUAAAGGAAUUUAAAUUUUUUCUGACAAAGUAUUGUAGAAACUUUCAUCAACUCUACCUCAAGAUUGCCAGUAAGCUCCCUCCAAGCUUGGGUGCCCCAGCACUGCCCACAGAUCUCUCGGGGGAGCUGAAUGCAGCAGCACGGGUUCCCAUGGAUGCUUUCCUGCUCCAGUUGUUGCCUCUAAGGCCCUUUGCUGAAGCUGUCCUCCAGCACGACCUCAGGUUGAGUCCUGAACAUGAGCUGCCUCAGUGUCUCCUGCUGGUGAACAUCAUGGGACAGCUGGCCUGCCAACCAGAAGAAGUGCAAGGACUUUGGUAUCCUGGCAGCCAGUUCUCAGAGGAGACACCCAGGCUUCCUCUCUACCAGGCUCUCUUUAUUAGUUUCAGACGAUGCUAUAUUGAGCGUAAAGUACCAGUUCUGUUGCCAGGGGUGAUGCUGAAGGGUCAGGCCCAAAGUGAGGUCUCUCUGCACCACCAUGUCUGUGUGCAGCUCUGUGCCAGUGUGGCUGUGCUUCCUCCUACGUACUUUCCUGUGCUGGAAUGUUGUUUGGUUGAUGUUGUGCUGCAGGCUGAUACUCAAGCGGCUCUGUUGGCAACAGAUGUGUGGUGUUUCGCAGCCCGAUAUGGGACAGCAGAACUUUGCCUACACCAUGUCCUCCUCAUUGCUCAGAUGGUAAAAGCUUGCACCACCGAGUGUUACCAGUUGUUCCACCUUGGAUUGCUGCUGAGACGCAUGGUCUUCUUUAUGACACCAAACCAUCAGAUGGAGCUAGUGACACAAUUCCCACCAUCUGAAGUGGAGAACCUUGCAGUGUGGCAUCACGUCCUCCUCAGAGCUCUUUCACAGGAGGCUUGUCACCGUGUCGCGAUGGAGAUUAUUGGCCUCUGUGAAAAGGUUAUGACUGACUGGCAGAAUGGAGGAUUCAAACUGGGACAAGUUGGCAAAGUGAAUGGAGUGCUGCUAUCCCUCUUGUCGGUCAUUCGAGGACAGUCAUCUCCUGAAGAACAAUACGUGUUGACUGCAGUCAGGAUUGUUACGCAGCUCUGGUUACGAAUGAGUCCCGAUCAGCUUCAGGCCCAUCCUGUGCUGCAGCGUACCGUGCAGCUGCUUUUGUCUCUAACAGCCAUUUUAGUUAAAAAUCUUGAGACACAAGUCAUACAUCAGGCACUGCUGUGUCUGGAUGCAGUGGUUUCUCUGAAGUGUGUGGAUCAGCUGCUGCUGGCUGCUCUGGAGUUCCUUUCUUCCCUGGGGAAGAUCUUUGUCUCUCCUGACAGUCAGAGUCAGAUUCUUCCCAGGCUGAGUAGCCUGUUUGGGGUUCUUUUGGCUGACAAAUCCUGGCUGCUACAUCAGCAUGCCCUAGAGGCCUUUUCGUACUUUGCAGAGAAUACAAACCACGAAGAAGUAAUUUCCCAAAGUCUGUGCAGGGAAGAAAUAAAAACCAAGGUGGUCAAUUAUCUCAGCAAGACUCUCAAUGUGCAGGAAAAUAUGGAGUCACGGCUACAGAGGCUCAAACAGGAGACAACAGUGAUUGAGCAGCACAAUGAGAAGCUGGAGAAUAAAGUUAAAGUUAACAAGCUGGCUGCUGAAGCUGAAACUGUCACAGUUUCUGAGCCGUGCCCAAAGAGAGCUCGGCAGGAGAGCAGUACAGAGGAGUACAGCUCCUACAUCCAGACAGCUGAGAGUGCUUUGAAAGCCCUUCAGGCUUUAAUCGAGGGUAAACCCAGCACUACCACACCACCUCCACAGUGGCUGGGACCCAGACUACUUGAGCUGCAGACCCUGAUUACUCACAUCAGUUCAGCCAGACACACAACGUAGCGCCUCUAGCGCCUUUUCAAGCCUUAGGUUUCUUCUUUCCUGUACAGAAUAACUAUUUGAUCAGUCUGUUUAAGUCUACAUGUUUUGCUCCUGAAAUUUGUCUUGAUACUGUUUAUUAAAUAAAUUAAAAAAAAAUGUUUUUAUUUAAAUGAAAACUGGAAAACAUUGCAAACAGUGCAAAAGGUUUUUACCAGAAAGUGGGAGAGUGAAACAUUUCAUACACUAAAAUGUUUAUUUCACCAGCAACCAACAAGCUCAAAUAAAUUAUCACCAUUUCACAUUCAUUCAAAGUGCAAGCCUUCAGUACAUCAAACCUGACUCAUUCUGGAAACAUGUCAUGCCAAAAGUUCAUCUUCAGUUUAAAUGCCAACAGUUGACAUGGCACAUUUAAGAAAAAAAACUU